UUUCAUGGCAACAGUCGGCAGGAGGUGUUUGGACGUAACUUCCUGGGUACAGACUAUGUGAGACAGCAGUUUGCAACUAUAUUUAUUGUUAGUGCUUAUUAGUUAACUGAAUGUUUACUCGCAGUACGUAUUAAUAAGAGGUUUCGAACCUGGGACCUUGGGAGAUCUGUUUUAUGCCCAGUAAUAUAACAACCUGGCAGUGACACAGAGAGGGCACCAGACGUGUAUUGGGUGUGAAUGAAACAGAAAUUAGAGGAUUAUGAUUAGAGAAUGGUUCCUUGUCAGACCCAUGUGAUGUUAAAGUGGCAGGAGCACCUCAACAGCUCCUGGGCGUUGGAGAACAGCGAGCAGGUGUCCACGAGGGAGGGAGCCUCCAUCCUCUAUAGCAAGCUUUUGAGCAACAAGGAGGUGGUGGGGCUGGCUCAGCCGGCACAGGAUCUUAUUGGCCCCCGGCUCCCAGACUUUGAGCAUGAUGAAAACGCUGCAGAGGAGCGGGAGGCAUAUCUGACAGCGCUCCUCCAUAGCCAGCUCGGCCUGGCCCGCCGCACCCUUGCCAGCACGCCCUAUGCACUGGCCUUGCACCACAGACUGACAGCCAUACAGCGUAUCUACUAUGCACUGUCCACUAAAUACCACGAUCGCUUUCGGACUGGACUGCAGGCCGAAUCCACAAACAGCCUGGACAGCGGGGAACUGGAACAUGCCUCGGACCCCUGGCUAGAGGGCAUGCGCACCAAGUCUGGGACAGACAUCCUGAUAGAGAUGGGCGUGAGAACUGGCCUCAGUCUGCUAUUUGCCCUGCUGCAGCAGAACUGGUACCAAGCCAGACUGGACCCCAGUCUAGCCCUGUGCAAUGACGUACUAGCCACAGCCUCUUCGGUGCUCACCUCACUACCUCCUCUCUCCCUGGCCAAUGAGAACAAGAUCCCGCCAGUGGGGCUGGAGUGCCUGAAACAGGUGACAGCAUUUCUGAAGAAGACCUCUGUCCCAAGCUCGGGGGCGGACAGCGCGGGUAGGAGGCUGGCUCUGGAGCUGCUGCUGGGGCUGGCAGUGCAGAGGGGGGCACUUAGGUUCCUGUUGGAGUGGAUUGAAGUGUCACUGGCAGCCUCCACGGCCACCAGAGCAACGUUGCCAGAGCAUGAGGAUGGGAUCGGGCAUGACUGCAUUCUCAAAACUCUGGCCCAGAUGAGACAAUACUCAGGUAUUGAAGGAGAUGCUCGCCAUGUCCAGGAAGUGAAGAAAACCGCCGAUGGACUCUGCCCUCUCGCUCAUGUGGCGCUCUGUCUCUUUGAGGAGAUCUGUCAUUUGGCCUCCAAUUGCCAGUGUUCCUGCAGCACUAGUUCUGGGUCCCAGGGCAGCGAAAGUGACGCUGUUGUUGUCUAUGUCUGGGGAAGUAACAGCAGUCACCAGCUAGCGGAAGGCACUCUGGAGAAGAUCCUGCAGCCCAAGCUGGCUCAGGGAUUCAGUAAUCCACAAAUGAUUGAAGCUGGACAGUACUGCACGUUUUCAGUGUCCGCAGACGGCUCAGUGAAAGCAUGUGGAAAAGGAAGCUACGGAAGACUUGGGCUGGGAGACUCCAAUAAUCAAUCGGUUCCCAAGAAACUGGUGCUGGAUCCCCCUCGAAACAUCAGGAAAGUCUCUUCUUCAAAGGGCUCUGACGGCCAUACGAUGGCAGUGACAGGAGAGGGGGAGGUGUUUAGCUGGGGGGACGGCGACUAUGGGAAACUUGGACACGGAAACAGCGCAACUCAGAAAUAUCCCAAACUCAUCCAGGGACCAUUGCUUGGCAAGGUUGUGGUUUGUGUGUCUGCUGGAUACAGACAUAGUGCAGCUGUAACUAGUGAUGGAGAACUCUAUACCUGGGGAGAAGGUGAUUUUGGUAGGCUUGGGCACAGUCACAGCCAUAGCCGGAAUGUGCCGACCCUUGUGAAGGAUAUCAGUGGAGUGGGGCAGGUGGCCUGCGGUAGCUCUCAUACCAUUGCAGUGUCUCAGGAUGGCCGGGUAGGGUGGUCGUUUGGAGGUGGUGACAAUGGUAAACUGGGCCAUGGGGAUACAAACCGAGUGUACAGGCCCAAAGUAAUUGAAGCAUUGCAAGGUCUCAGUAUUAGGAAAGUGUGUGCAGGCAGUCAGUCCUCGCUGGCACUGACCUCCGCAGGACAGGUAUUUGCAUGGGGCUGUGGCUCUUGCCUGGGGUGUGGUUCAUCUGAAACAACAGCCCUGAAGCCCCGUCUCAUUGAGGAACUGAGUAUGACCAAGAUCAUUGAUAUCUCCUGCGGUGACAGCCACUGUCUUGCCUUAUCACAUGAAAAUGAAGUGUAUGCCUGGGGUAACAAUGCAAUGGGACAAUGCGGACAGGGACACACCUCCACUCCUGUCACAAAACCCAAGAAAGUAAUUAGCUUGGAGGGAGUAGCCAUUCAGCAGAUUACUGCUGGCACUUCGCAUAGCCUAGCCUGGACAGCAGUACCUACAGACAGGCAGCUGGUAGCUUGGCACAGACCUUUCUGUGUUGAUCUAGAGGAGAGCACCUUCACAUACCUCCGCAACUUCUUGGAGCGUUACUGUGAUGGGAUCAACAGUGAUGUGCCCCCACCCCCAUUUCCAUCUCAAAGAGAACACCACCAGUUUGUGCUGCUUUGCCUGAAGCUGCUGUCCACUCACCUUUCCUUGGCCCAUGCGGGGGGGACUGGAACCUCUGUCCUGGGGGUGCAGGGGAGGCCCCUCAGGAACCUUCUCUUCAGACUCAUUGACUCGAAUGUACCUGAUUCUAUUCAGCAGGCUGUGAUGAACACCAUCUCCAUUGGUGCAUCACUGCUCCUGCCUCCUCUCAGGGAGCGAACUGAGCUUUUGCACUCUCUUCUACCUCAGGGCCCAGAGAGCUGGGACAGCCUUUCCAAUGGGCAGAGAAUGCAGCUGGACAUGGUUAUGAACAGCCUGCAGGAACAGUCCCAUGUUGCCUCCUUGCUUGGGUACAGCUCUCCAGCAGAGCUAUCUGCAGGGAUAACCCAGUGUUCUGCACUGGACCAGUCUUCAGUUAGCUCAGACACUAAUGACCACUUUCACCUGGCAGAAGUCCUCCUAAAGACCCUUCUACUGAAUAUUGGUUUCUACACUGAACGCGCAUUUGGAGAAUUGGAGAAAAAUAGUGAUAAACUACAAAGCAGUAUAGCGCAUAAACAGAGUAAUCCACCCUCUAAUUUUCAUCGUCUCCUGUCAGCCAUGCACAGACACCUCCUGGCACACUGCUGCACUAACACAGAAUCAAAGGAGGAUGGCAGUGUGACAUUACUUCAUAAACACCUCUGCCUGCUGUUGCCUUACGCUGCUGACACCUUUAGGAGGUCUACCAUUUUACUGGAGGAAAGCUCUCUUGACAAGCACGUUAUUAAGAAACUACACGCUGUUCUGUACAGCUCUGCGGCAGGAAGCCUCAUGUGUCAGGUGAUAUACUCUCUCCUGCUAUUGCCACUCCAUGUUAUACGUCCUCUGCUGCCUCACCUUCUGUCCCUGCUCGAGCAUAUCAAUGAGCUCAACUGCUUCUUACCUGAUACCGGAGUCUUGGAGGAGCAAGAGCUGGAAGGAACACUCUUUGAAUCAUCAGAAAGUCCUAACCCAUCAGCUGAAGCAGAGACUGGAUCGUGGGUCUGGCUGCUUGAUUUGGAGAGGUCGGUGGCUUUGACUAUUGGCUGGUGUCUGGGUGGAAUGUUGCAGGGGCCUCCCCUUUCCCAACAGGAGAUAGCAGCUGAGUUCUGGCUAGAGAACCCCCUCCUGCGAAAUGGCUUGGAGAUGGACUGUGAUCAGCAAGAUUCCAUAAUGAUGUGGUUGACCGAGACUGCGCUCUCUGGCUGUGCUGACCCCAAGCUAGGGCAUGAAAAGCUUUCUGAUGAGAAUGCCAUGCUGAUAGAUCUGGCUCUGGGCAUCGCUCGAGAGCCAACACACAGCCUCUGGAUGAGAAUGAAGGACUAUGCCAUAAGCCGAGACUGGGAGAAUGGUAAUGUUGCUGGAGAUUCUCUUCUGGAUACAGUAUGUAGGUUCGUGUUUGCUGCUUUACUGAAACACGCUGGGCUACAAGAGCAGGCAUACUGGGAGGAUAGGUAUGAGCCUUGUGAGAAGCUUAUAGAAAUCUACCAGAUUGUGUACAAGGUUCGAAACACUCUGCUUUCACGCAAGGACUUGGCAGAGAACAUCAUUAAUGGUCAGACGUUACCCAGUGCCAGAGAGUUUUCAGAGGCUCCUGAGGAGGAGCAGGAGGUGAGCGCUGGAGAGAAGGGUGAGAGGGUAGCAGAAGGCCAAGGGGAACAGCAGAGUGGCCUGGGAGACACUGCAGAGCACAACCAGGAGGCGAGGUCUGAGGAGGACACGCCCAGCAUCAGCAGUAUGUACCUGCCGGAGGUGCUGCAAUGUUUCCUGGCCACGCGGGAGGUGAUGCAGCUCCAUGAGAAUGAGACAGUGUAUGAAUCCUCCCGGACCAGCUCGCGGCCCAGCAGCACAGAGAUCCCCGGCUCCCCUGAGCGAGAGGAGGCUGGGGCCCCAGUGCACCAGGAGAGGAAACCAGGCUCUAAGGAGGGGCUGUCCUUCCUCACCGCCUGCCACUCCACCAUCUCCCGCUGUGCCUUUCUCAUCCUUGGAGUGAGGGCGGCCUGGCAGGACAGAGGAGAACUGCUGGACAUGGACACAGAGCUUCCAAGGAAAAGUAGAAAAUCAAGUUCUACGCCUGAAGGCCAGCCGUUGCAUUACACAAAAACAGGAACAUUAGCAGAGAAAGAGUUUUCAGAUCAACCAAGAGCCCAGUCUUCUACAUCCUCAAAAAACAAAAUGGGCUUACCCCUCUGUUCGCUGGGGAUUAUGAAGGAUGCCUGGGAGAGGUUGCGGCAGUGUAUUAGCCCGACCCCUAACCUGUGUGCCGGGUCCAGCUCUCCAGUGCUUACUCAAAUAUUCCAGUUUUUGUGUGGGAGCAUGCUGAAAACAUCCACCCUGGUAGAACAGGAGGCAGGCAGCCAGGCGGACCCCCGAGCUAUUGCCCUAGCCAUGGCACAGCAACAGCAGCGAGCAGAGCUUCGCCUGGAAGCACUUUGCCAGAUCUCAUCUUUCCUCUCAGAAAUGGAUGAGAAGAGCAGCUGCUCCUCACCACCUCCUAGAUUUCCUGGACUGCUUCUGACGGCACAGCUUCAAUUCCUGUCAGGCUGCUAUAGCCUGGGAACUCCAAUAUCAACCAACCUGACUGGGAGCAAUGGGAAAAUUCAGCAUUACACUUCGGGAACACAAUGUGCCCAAGCAGGCACUCGGAGGGACCUUCAAGCUGCAGCGCACACACACUACCAGCAGGUGGUGGAGGUGCUUAGAAAUAGAGUUGUGGCUGAGAAGGAACUUUCAGGGUCCUAUCAACAUCUUCUGCUCGCCACUCUCUUUGCAUUAAAUAUCCAUUACCAAGCUCUGGACCUAAUUGUGGUUGUUAAGAGUGGCCUGCUAGAAAUCCUCUCAAAGCUGACUGACACCACAUGUGUGCUACUGAGCCAAGGUUGGCUUACUGCUACAGCAUCUGGGCACAUGCAGCUCAGUGGCGCAGUUAAACUUGCCAGUGCCAGGCUGCUUCAGAUACUUGCCAUUGCAGCCAGCUCCUGUGCAGAUGCCCUUCCUUCAGAUGUUUUACAGGCACUGAUGGAUGUGAUGUGCCUACAGCUACAGAACCUUUUACACAUGGUCUAUGAGCAAGAAAUGCCUGAGCUGAACACAGGGAAUCAUGCAGAACAAACUACAUGCAGAGAAAGUCCAGAACAAGAAAAAGCCAGUGUCAAGAGCAGUCGAAUAGUGGAGUCUCAUCUGGCUGACUUUCUGGUCUUCCUUCGUCGUAUAGUCUCGCUGAGAAGCAACAAAAGCAUCUCUGCAUUUGUCAAAUGGAUCGAUCCUCUGAUCGGAAUUGUUUCUCAGAAACACACUUCGGGUGCCCCACUCAUUAAGAACUUACGAACAAAAUUGCUUGCCUUUCACAUUUUGGAAGCCUUGCUGCCUGGCUAUUCAGAGCCAUUGCAAAUUAAUCAGAUUGUAGAUAAACUGUUUGGGCUGGUGUCUGCCUGUAUGUGGGAAGAACCUCUAGCAAUCAGCAAAGAACAAGAGAAUCAAGCUGAAAACUCCAAGCAGGGUUCUGACAACGAAGAAGAGUGUGUUCCUAUUGGAGAUUUUUCGUUUGAUCCAGAUAAACUGAUUUGCUGCUCAAUGGAGAGUGGGAAUGUGCUGUCCCAUGGAUCAGGAGGGAAAGGCUAUGGGUUAGCUACAACAGCUAUAACAUCAGGCUGCUUUAUUUGGAAGUUUUACAUCACCAAGGAGAACAGAGGGAAUGAGGGCACGUGUGUGGGGGUGUCCCGCUGGCCCAUCCGAGACUUCAACCACCGCACCACGACGGACAUGUGGCUUUACCGUGCCUAUAGUGGCAGCCUGUACCAUGGUGGAGAGCUGGGUAGAGUGCUGCCCACCUUCACGCAGGGAGAUACCAUCACCUGCAUAUUGGACAUGGAGGCCAGAACCAUCUCCUUUGCCAAGAACAACAAGAGUUGUUAUCCCUGGUCAGUGUUUUAUAGCAGUGUCCUGGAUUAUCCCUGUGUCAUGUUUUAUAGCAGUAACCCUGGAGAAAAAGUAGCUCUGUGUGACCUUCAGAUGCGAGGGAUGCCCCGUGACCUCUUGCCAGGGGACCCGCUGUGUAGCCCUCGAGCCACAGUGCUUGUGGAAGCAGGCAUCCAGCUCAUGCGCAGACUCCAUCGCCACGACAGCUGGACUGCAUCCAUCAACAAAUACAUGCAGGCCAGGCUGGAGCGGAUCAGUCCACUAAUGAAAGAAGGAAGAACUGGAAAAGUGAGCAGAUCACAAACAGUUGGCUGUAACUUGUUUAAGAGAGCAGCCUCGGAUGUGAAGGAGAAGAUUCCAGAUGCAGAGUGUGGGGAGGCAGUCCCGUGCCUCUCGAAGCUCGCAGAGCCUCAGCUGACUGCACUCUGUUCUGAGGUGUGGCCAGUGCUGGCUGUGAUUGGGGGAGUGGACAGUGGGCUUAGAGCUGCAGGACAGUGUCAGCAUAAACCCAGCAGCCGGAGAGCCACGCUGUUAGGGGUAUUGAAAGAAGGAUGUUCAUCAGCCAAGCUGCAGUGGGAAGAGGUCGACAUGACUGUCAGCUUCCUGAAUUCUUGGUCACCCAGCGACACCCCGUUGUCCUCCCUGGAGCCCUGUGAAGUGCCCCAGUUGGACGUUGCCCGAUUCAAGGGCCUGAAACCUUCUGUCUUGUUAGACCUGAUCUGCCUAACCGGAGUGCUGGAGGAAGAGGAAAACCACAUCAGCAGGAGGGCACCAAACAAGAGGGAAUCGGAAAGCAGCCAAAGGAGCGAACUGGAGCAGAGACUGGAUGAAGACCUAGCUAGGGUCGUGAUGGGUGAGGAUGGGUGUCCAGAAGCAGUUAUUGUAUUGGAUGGCUUGGAAACUACGACUAUACCGGCUGAGGAUAAAGUGACCAAAAAAGAAUAUCUGACAGCAAACAAAGAGAAUGUAAAUGAACAGGAGGGCAGCCUAACCUCCCAGGCAAACAAUCGGACUGACCUCUUUUCCUCUGAGCUGCGUGCGGUGCAGGUGUCCUACCUGUUACUUGGGGCACUGAAGUCUCUUGCUGUUAUUCUGAGCUGUGGGAAAUUUGCAGAUAUGCUUUUGAUACCAAAGUUGGAGGCCAGUAGUCAGAAUGGGCCAGAAACAGCCAAGACUCUGAUUAGUGUAGAAAACAGGGAGCUGCGAUCGGUCCUGCAGUUCCUGGUGCGGAGCAUGGUGAAGUGGGCAGUGAGGACCUGCCCCAUUAAGCAAGUUGUCUCCCUGUCUGACUUGGAGCGUGCCCAGAUUAUGAUCUUCAAGGGAGCUCUGAACAUGCUGCAGGAGGAUUCUGGGACAGCAGACCAUCAAAAAGAAUCUGGGACUGUCACCUGUCCUCCAUCGCAGACAAUGUCUCAAUCGUCAAGCACACGAUCUCUAUACAGCAACGGCUCGGACAGUAAUGCUACUUUCUGUAUGUCCAAUGAAGCAUCUGCGUCCUCCUCCAGCAACGACUUGGCAGCCUCCCUACUCACUGUGCUGCAGGCAGAUGGACUGGAGAACUUCAACCCUUUCCUCCCCAUCAAUCUGCUGCAGCGGAUGGUGUUAGCGAGGUUCCCUACCCUGGCUGGACUGCUCAAUAACCCCAUGUUGUACCCCAGCUUCAACAUGGCAAAUUCUGCUUCCUGUGACGGCUUUUCAGAACAGCGGCCUUGCUUCGUAGGACCACACACCCGGGCUAAUAAUCCACCUGAACGAUCCCAAAUGUUUAUUCCUGUACGGUUGCUAGAAAUGGGAUUCUCCAUGAGACAUAUCUACAAAGCAAUGGAAGAUGCAGGAGUCACUGGAGAAGCAGACGCCCGCACUAUUGAGGUGCUGGCUAGCUGGAUGCUGGAACACCCCCUCACAGAGCAGCAGCUGAUAGAUUACCCAUCCGCAGAGAACCCCAGUGAAACUGGAAUAGUCUCCCCUGAGGGACCAGAGACCGUCCAGCGGCCAGAGUCGCCCACUCCUAACUCCCAUCCCGAGGGGGAUGAAAGCUUAAUCGCGGGUCUGGAUCAUGUUGAAAGAGAGAAUUUCCUUGAUGUCCACCUCACCCGAAACAGGCCUCCCCCAGCACGCAGGCAGCGCUCCAGUCUGGGACAGCGAUCUUUCUUCAGGAGAGCUGACUCUCCUUCCCCCAAUCUGGUGCCGCCCUUGUUUGGUCGUGAGCAGGGGGCAGCGGACUGGCCUGAGAGAGAGGAGACUCACCCCUUCCCUGCAGAGGAGGAGCCUGAGCUGGGCUUCAUGGACGAUACGCAGCAUGAGGAUUCCUCCGAGGAGCUUUUCACACCCGACUUCACGAAUGCUGAGAGAGACACCUUGUGGAUAGUAGAGGGAGGAGAGAACCAGGCUGAACCUGGGGAGAUGGUGGAGUGUGAGCUCUGUGAGACUCUGACCUUGCAGUUCAACAGCCACAUGAAAAAAACCCACCCAGGAUGUGGGCAGGGCGCAGAGCGCUGGGGUUACCGUAGCAAUGGUACAUACGUUAAUGGCUGGUUUGGAGGGGAGUGUGGCUCCGGUAGUCCGUACUACCUGAUGUGCAGUACCUGCAGAGAGAAAUAUCUUGCUGCCAAAAUUGACGAAAACCAUUUCAAAUCCAACAGAUUGAAGAAUUUGGCCUCUGAUUUAAUUGGGGGAUUGGAUAACAGUUCAGAAGAAGAGUGGGAGCUGUUAGACCUUGAGGAUGGUGACAGACUGACAGGACUGGAAGAUUUUGGCUUCCUUUCGGGGUCUCUAGGGCUGGAUGAGAAGAAGCAAGUUCCUGAUCCAGUCCCAUUCACAGAAGAGGACCCUCUGGGAGCUCUAGUUACAAGCGCUACCAGCAAAAAACAUUCACAGCUUCACAAAGGCUCACGCAGUGCUGAGGAGAAGGGUUCUUCUGCCAGACAGAGCCUGGGAGAGCAGGCUGCCUCUCUCCGAGAUCCCCAGGACCGUCUGCUGGCACUGAGGCGCAUCACAACCACCACACAAAUCCUCCUGGCGCAGGGCAUAGUCAUGAAGGCGUUAUCCAGGAUUUCUGCCAGUGGCUCAGUGUGUAGCCAGUCUAGUGGUCUGGAAGCCCUGGGCCUCGCUGACAUUCGUAUCCUGGUUCGGUUAAUGUGCCUGGCUGCAGCAGGAAGAGUUCACACAACCAUUGAGGGGUUUGGAUUUGGAAGAGGCACCACUGCAGAGAAGACAGGCUCUGUCUGCCUCACCUUCCUGAGCUCAGCCAUUGGCUGCUUGGUAUCAAACAGUCCCUCCGCUUACCGGGAGCUGGUAGACAUCUGCACCCAGGACUUGAUCGCUGCAGCAACAGGAAUGAAUACUGGAGCUAUCAGUGACCCGCAGCAGAAAAAACGACACUUUCCUGUAUUUAAAGGACCAGCAAAAGAGACCAUAGAGGUGACCUCCCCAAUGUUCCUGGUAACUCAAACCCUGGUCUCGCUGCUAACACAGAAGGGAAUCCGCCACCGACAAAGCCCAGAGAGAGCAGACACAGAGCCUAAGGAUGCUGGUAGCCCCGUGGGUGUAGGUGCGUUUGUGCCACACUCAGCUGUGCGUGUUGGGCCCCUGGAGCUGGCCAAUGCACUGGCAGCAUGCUGCCUGUCCGUGAGACUUACCAACACAAACAGGCAGUGGGCUGCUCAGCAACUUGUGCAGGCUCUGGCUGUGUCCGAGAGAGACAACCCCAUUAGACCCCAGACUUACACAGACAUGGCAGGGGACCUGCGAAAGUGCCCAACAUUGAAACUGGAAGCACAUCACAGCAGGGUCACAAGUUGCAGUUGGUGCAUUGAAAAGGGCUUGCUUGCCACUGGUGCCCAAGAUGGAACUGUGCGACUGUGGAGCAUCACCAAGACUACUGGGGAAUUGCACUGCACAUGUAGCUGCAGCAUUAGCAUGGAGAACUCCGGCCCAGGCAGCAGCAUGGGGAUUGAAAUAUCCGCAGUUUACUGGAGUGCUAGUGGGACGUUUCUUGCUGUUUUCCAAGAGAAGCUGGUCAACAUCUGGACAGUAAAUGGUUCACAGUGUCAUGUGGAGAGGCAGCCCUCGUGGGUGACAGCCAUCUCAUGGGUGGAUACUCGCAUGCCGUACCCCAGCCAGGGAGCCGCAACCCAGGGUGGAUCUGCUGAGAACCUGCUUGUCGGCAGACUGGAUGGAUCUCUGUGCUGGAUAGAAAUCACAGAGACUUUUCAUACUGAAAGCAUUGAACUGACCCAUUGCCAAAGGAAUAAUGCAGCUGUUCAGUGUGUUGCCUGGCACAGUCUGGAUAAGCCUUUUGCAGUUGGAUACCCAGAUGGAAAGAUUUUGAUCUCCACCACAGAGCCCUAUGACACAGGCAGUCCGCUCAUACUGUCUGCCUUUCCUGAGAGCAUAUCUGACCUGAAAUGGGACCCCACAGGACACCUGCUGCUCUCAAUGGCCAGAGCUGAGAUGGUGAAGAUCUGGGGCCGGGUGGGAAGUACCUGGCUUACUGUGCACUCCCUGUUUCACACUGCCCAGGUUAAUGCUGCUGUAUGGUGCCCUCUGCCUGGCACAGGCUCUGAUCCCAGACUGAUGCUGGCUGUAGGGUGUCAGAAUGGCCUUCUGUAUGUGUGGACUGUACCACAAGGUGGCACUGCUGUAUCACUACCUAACUUUUUAAACACCACUCAGAACAGAGACAGGAUCAUAGAGUACCCGCAGCGGGGCAGUGCAAAAUGUGUGUUCAGACUGAAUGGCCACAUCACAGCUGUGAAGUCUGUGUCCUUUAGUCCUAAUGGGAUGGCUUUACUCUCUGGAGGAUUGGGAGGCCUCCUCAAUAUCUGGUCCCUUCAGGAUGGAUCAGUACUGCAGACAGUUGUAACUGGUUUGGGCUCUGUGGUCAGCACUGCCUGGAUUCCAGAUGUUGGUGUUGCAGCAUGCUCUGGAAGGUCAAAGGACGUGCUACUCAUCCGCUGCUCCCCUGACUGGAUCUCUGACAACCAUGUUCUGGCCUCCUGCCGCAUGGUGCUUCGUGCUCAGGGCAUCGUGGGGUUGAACAAGGCCCCCUGCAUGACAGUGUUUUUAGAGAGACUACCCCUCCUCCUGCAGGAACAAUACAACUAUGAAAAGUGCCAUGUGACUGCUGGCGAUCAGCUUGUCCACAGUGCCUUUCUCCAGAGCCUGGCCUCCUUGGCGGUGGGGCUUUCCCUGGAGCAGCUGCUUUGCAGAGCCCCUGCCCCCCCUCACCAUGCAAACUGCAACCUGGACCUGAGUGUCGCAGAAUGGGGCUGGCUCGCAGCUUUCUCCACUACUGUCAAGAGUGCCGAUGCAUUUGCCAAAGGAACUGCCUUCCCAGAAUCAUUCUGUGUUCCUGAUCUGAGACCAGUGGGAGACUCUGAAAUCUCUAAACCCCUGGAUAACAGUAAAUGGAGCAUCAUGAUGGAUGAACAACUGAUGUCCUGGGCCACAGCCAGACCAGAAGACUGGCAGCUAGGGGGGAAGAGUGAAGUGUUCCUGUGGGGAGGAGGCCGUCAUGGGCAGCUGGCAGAUGCAGGAACCAACCUGCUGGUACCAACACUCGCUCCCUCCCUAUCCCAGGCACAGCAGGUUGUGUGCGGACAGAACUGCACGUUCCUAGUUCAGGCCAAUGGGACAGUCCUAGCCAUCGGGGAGGGCAGUUACGGGAGACUUGGCCAAGGGAACUCGGAUGAUCUGUACACUCCCACUGUCAUCUCCGCGCUGCAGGGCUAUGUGGUGACUCAGCUGGUGACGUCCUGUGGGUCUGAUGGGCACUCCCUUGCCGUGUCUGAAAGCGGCGAAGUCUUCAGCUGGGGAGAUGGGGAUUAUGGGAAACUCGGACAUGGUAACAGCGAGCGGCAGAGACGACCCAAACAGAUUGAGGCCCUGCAGGGGGAGGAGGUGGUGCAGCUUGCUUGUGGUUUUAAGCACUCUGCAGUGGUGACCGCCGAUGGCAAACUCUUCACAUUCGGGAGCGGAGACUAUGGCCGAUUAGGACAAAGAUCAACGUCUAACAAAAUGUUACCAGAGAGAGUUGUGGCCCUGGAAGGUCACGUCAUAGGACAGGUGUCCUGUGGUUUAAAUCAUACGCUGGUAGUGUCCUCUGAUGGCAUGACAGUCUGGGCGUUCGGAGAUGGGGAUUAUGGGAAACUAGGCACAGGGUCUUGCACUGUCAAGUGCUGUCCACAGAAGGUGGAACAGCUGUGCAACAAAGGAAUAAAGAAGGUGGCUUGUGGAACCCAGUUCUCAAUUGCACUUUUGAAGGAUGGGCAUGUGUACACUUUUGGACAUGAGCGGCUGAUUGGGCUCCCGGAGUCAAUGCAGAAGAACCAUAACCAUCCACAGCUUGUGCCAGCACUGGAGAGUGUCUUUGUGGAAGAUAUUGCGGCUGGAUCAGAGCACAUGAUGGCUCUGUCCUCAACAGGAGACGUCUAUACUUGGGGGUGUAACUCUGAAGGGCAGCUUGGUCUCGGCCACUCAAACCCGGUGAAAGAGCCGACACUGGUGACUGCCCUGCAAGGGAAGAACAUUAGACAGAUAUCAGCAGGACGGUGUCACAGUGCUGCCUGGACCACCCCCUCUCCAGCUGCCAGGGCUCCAGGCAUUAUGGCACCCCUACAACUUGGCCUUCCUCAGUCCAUUCCCCCACAGUACAACGCACUGAAAGACUGCAACCCUGAGGUUCUAAAUGCCCGACUCAGGGUUCUCUACCACUUCUCUGAUUUAAUGUACAAGUCCUGGAGACUGCUCAACCUCAACCCUAUGAAUCAGGUUUCAGCCUCCCGAUACAGUUCAGGAGCCACUGCGAUUGCACAGGGCCAGUUAAGAGGCCUGCUCUCACCCAAGGUGAACACCCUACCCCUGGUCAGAUCUAUUGGAAGGACGAUGAUACAAGGGAAGACUUAUGGGCCUCAGAUUACUGUCAAGAGAAUUUCCACCAGGGGGCGCUCCAGCAAGCCCAUCUUUGUUCAGAUCGCCAGACAGGUGGUGAACCUGAACCCCUCUGAACUGCGGCUGCCUUCCAGAGCCUGGAAGGUGAAACUGGUGGGUGAGGGAGCAGACGAUGCGGGCGGAGUGUUUGAUGACACCAUCACAGAGAUGUGUCAGGAAUUAGAGUCUGGUGUUGUGGAUCUGCUCAUUCAAACUCCAAACAGUACUGCUGAUGUUGGCAGUAACACAGACAGGUUUUUGUUGAAUCCAUCUGCUUGCUCAGAAGAUCACAUGGUCCAGUUUCGUUUCCUGGGAAUCCUGAUGGCCGUUGCUAUCCGGACCAAGAAGCCUCUGGACCUGCACCUGGCUCCUUGGGUGUGGAAGCAGCUCUGCUCCAUCCCGCUCAGUGGCCAGGACCUGGAGGAGGUAGACCUGCUCAACUACCGCAGCCUGCAGGGAAUCCUGCAUCUGGAAAACAGCGGCAUCAAUGAGGACAACUUCCCUGUGAUGAUUCCUCUGGACUCCUUUAUGGCACGCAGUGCUGAUGGCAGGCUGGUCCCCAUAGUUCCUGGAGGAUGUCACAUCCCUUUGACCUUUCCAAACAGAAAGGACUAUGUAGAGAGAGCAAUCAACUACAGACUGCAUGAAAUGGACCAACAGGUGGCCGCAGUGAGAGAAGGCAUGUCCUCAAUCAUCCCAGUGCCUCUCUUGUCUCUGCUCACAGCCAAGCAGUUUGAGCAGUUGGUCUGUGGAAUGCCAGAGGUGUCUGUGGAAACACUGAAGCAGGUUGUGCGUUACCGGGACAUUAACGAUAGCCAUCAGCUGAUUGGUUGGCUGUGGCAGACCUUAGAGGAAUUUACCAAUGAGGAGAGAGUUCUGUUCCUGCGAUUUGUGUCGGGAAGAUCUAGGCUACCAGCAAACACGGCUGACAUCACCCAGAAAUUUCAGAUCAUCAAAGUCGACCGGCCCAUCAAUGGCCUCCCUACAGCACAGACCUGCUUCUUCCAGCUGCGAUUGCCACCUUACACAAGCCAGGCCACCAUGGCAGAGAGACUGCGCUAUUCCAUCCACAACUGCCCUUCCAUAGACAUGGACAACUACAUGCUAUCUCGUAACACUGACACUGCUGAGGGCUCUGAGGCAGAGUACUGAGCAGAUCAGCAGACAGACUUCAAAUACCUGAAAAGCACAAAUACCUUCAGUGCUGUGUUUAGAGCUUGAAGCAACUCAUUGGUACAAAAACUCUUAAGGCUAAUCCCAAAACUGUGACUUCCAAGCAUUACACCCGAACUGGAAAGCACCUGUGUUCAGUAGCAUCAGAGCCACUCUGAUUUCUGCCCCUCAAAUUUAGAACUACUUGAAGACCCUAUUUCAUAUUCUGAGACACUACACUUAAUGGAACAUUAAGAGGCUCGCUUUAGCAGCUCUUCGGGUGGUUUCAACUUAUAGCAUAAACCUCUUCUAUUAAACAUUUGUAAUAAAGGGUGUUGGUUGUUUAAGAUAUGGUUAAAUUGUAUGCAUUUUCAAAGGUGUGGAAAUCCUAAGGAAUAAUGUAAAUCAGUCCACCCCAUCAUUGUGUUUCAGGAAAGAGUUAAACAGAUGGAUGUGGCAGUCGUUCAGGAGACCCAAUCUCUCACCUGUCCUAACACUAAAAAUGACAAACAGUAGGCUUGAAAUAGAAUAAAAUGACAAUCUCGACUUUCACUAUGGGCAGGUGGCUUUGACAUCUGGCUAUCCCAAGUACAUUACUAAUAAUGUACAAGAGUUUAUCAACUGGAUUAACACUACAGCCAUCAAAACCAUAAUGCCAAGGGUCAUGAGUGUUAACAAGUAGUAUAACGAAUGUUGAUGAACUUGGUUGAUCUAAAUUCUCACAGUGUUAUGCCAGUGGUAUUGCUGUGUGUCCAGGUUUCAUUUAUAUUCUUGAACCAAGGAAAGCUACUUGUAAAACAACCCUCCUGUUUACAGCAGAAGCCACUUUGUCAAAGGCAGGCUUGAACUCCACAGUAAGGCUAAUUUUAUCAUAACACCAAUGCAUUAUCAAAAUUAAUGUACAGUUUUUUAAAUCAAAACCUAAUGGGCUUAACUAUGCGCAAUAUAUUUGAUUUAUUAUACAGGAGCUAUGUAUUCUGGUUAGGUUGAAAGGCACCUAUAUGGUAAAUAGACACUGUAUAUUUUAAUUACACUUCUGAUUUAUUUUGCUAACAAAAACAAAUACCUAUUGUACUCUUAAAAGCAUUAAAGAUUAAAAAAAAAAUGCAGUUGGCCAAAAUGAAUAGUUCAAGUCAUCUUUAAAGUGCUGUACUGCAAUUACUUUGAAAUGUUAGUGUACCAAUCUUCUUUCUUUAAAGAAAUUGUACUGCCUAAAUUUUACACAUCCUCUUUCUGUAGUUUUGAGUUUAACAUUUGUGAAUUAAGUGCUCUUUUUCUGUGCAUUAUUUUAUCUUAGAAACAAUAUUUGUCAAGAUAUUCAAGAAUAUUCACAAGCCCUGGAAAUAAAACAAAAAUCUACUUAAAGGAGAUGCUACUCAACUGGACAUCUCAGUAAUACCAGAUCUUUCAAGUUUACAGGUACACUGUGGUUUUAUUGAAGGCAUGCUUGUUUGAUGAUGUAGUGUGUGCUGUAUGGGUACUGUUACUGAAAGCAGAAGGGACUUAAUAAACACUAAACCCUGUAUAAACAAAA